AUUUCAGAAGGAUGUGGUAAUUCUUAUAAUCGACAAAACAAUUGUUCGAUUUAUGUAUCUGGGGAGAAUUGCUUGUGAUAUCCCCUGCUGUUUGGUUAUGGGAAAAUGAUAAUUCGAUAUAGGAACUACAUGUACGGGUACUAGUUAGAUUGCAAAAUAUGAAUAUAAGGAAUAAAUGUCCAUAUUUCGUUACUAUUAUAAUGGGGGUAAUUUCUACAUAAUAGGAAUCCCCGAUUAUACAGAAUGUUUGAUUACGCCUUGCUGUGAUUCUUAAGGAUGGAAUCAAUGUCGUUAAUUUGGACCACACUAUUCAAAGUUUGUAAUGCCAAGAUUAAAGUCGGCAUUAUCAACAACAAAGAAGGCAAUAUAUAUAAAUAUAUCGGCAUUUCCUAGAUAAUAAAGUCGAUAUUGCCAACUUUCGACAGUUAAAAAUUAGAAAUAAAGUCCGUAGACCCUAGGGUCAUACCUUUCCGUAAUUUCUGUCUCGUCGAAAGCAUGUUACUGCUAUACUAUGGAGUCAAAAUGUGUCAUAUCAUCCCCAUGAACAGACAUUAAGCCUUAUCUCAGUUAUCACAUGCGCGGUCGACAAGUAGUGUGAACAAAGAUUAUAACUAAAUAUUCAGUGUAUGAACAAACUAGCUGAACGCUGAAACCAUGUCAGGUCCAUUCAUUGUGGUUACGCUUGUAAUCAUAUUUUGGACGACCAUUAUUGCUCGAGUAGAAUGCCUGUACUGUUUAUCAUGUACCGAGAGCGUAUCCCCGAGACAUUGUCAUCGUAUUCAGAAGUGUGAUGCUGGAGAGACAUGUUUUACCCGGAAGUACACUACGAUAAAUGGUGUCACAGUGUAUGACACUGGCUGCACGCACCAGUCGAUAUGUUCGGCCAAUGUUAGUGCAGUACCAGCCGGAGACCCUCUCUCAAUCGUAACAGACAAUUCAGAAUGUUACGAGUGUUGUGAUGGGGAUUCAUGUAACAGCCAUGGGUGCGGCUCACAAGAAUAUCCCGCCUCGAGAGGCCCAUUGUGCUUUACCUGUGAAGAGGUUACCGACCCCACUCUUUGUCACAGAGUUGUGGUUUGUGCUCCCGACCAAGUUAGUAGCAUAAUUCUUAUUUCUGAAAAUUUAGCUGGUUCAAUACACGAUGCAACUAUAAUAGCUACUUACGCCAUUUUUUUUUCUUUUCUACAGGUUUGUCACAUCCAAGAAAAUAUAGAGUUUGGCGAUAUUUUCUACACUACAAGCUGUAUAAAUAAGCAUGCAUGUCAUAUCGGAAGCGGAUCAAUAUUUGGAAAAAGAGCCCUGAAAAACACAUGUUCGCACUGCUGUUCCACAGAUCUGUGUAAUAUAAACUGUGGAGAUAGUCCUUCGAUCACAACACCCGCAUCUGCUACUGGAAAUCUUCCGUUUGAUUGUUGGGACAUCUACCAGAGUGGACGAAAUCGGUCAGGUGUGUACACUAUCUACCCCUGGAGAGAGGUAUCUCGUCCCGUGGACGUGUUCUGUAACAUGGAAAUCCCUCCAGGAGGAUGGACCGUGCUCCAGAAACGCUUCGAUGGAUCAACUUCCUUUAACAGAACGUGGAUUGAAUAUCGGAACGGUUUUGGCAGUGCCCAUUCCGAAUAUUGGUUAGGCAAUGAGAUUGUUCAUGUAUUAACCAAGAAAAACCACUCCAGUCUCCAUAUCAUCAUAAACUCUACAAGUGGAGAUACUUGGUUCGAAGACUACCAUAUAUUUGCCGUGGGCGACGAGUCGAAUCGCUAUAGACUCACACUAGGAGGUCCUGCUAAUGGAACUGCAGGAGAUAUGAUGAUGGACACUGGUCUCCCACAGGCCAACCUUGGUGGUAAGAUAUUUUACACACCGGAUCCUCCGUAUAAUGACAAUGUUAACUGCACUGCACGUCUCCACGGAGGCUGGUGGUUUGCGGCGUGCGACUUUGCGUUUUUGAACGGACUAUACGGUAAUGUAUCCUGGUGGAAUCCUUGGCACGGACCUAUCAUGCAAGGAGACACCUUCCUAGCUAGUGAAAUGUCCUUCAACAGACGUCAUGAAUGACUGCUAUCUGUUUUUUAAAUAGUAAAGGGGAAUGUUUGUUUUGUAUGUACAUUUUAUGCUUUAUAAUGGAAAAGGUUUGGAAUUUAUCGUUUGUAUAAUCAUUAUUGUGUACUUGUUGUAAUAUCGUCAGUUGUUUGUAUGAUUGAUCAGGUUAAAUGUGUUUAAAUGAG